CUGCUGAUCUACGGCCACGCCCACACUCCGGCUGUCUUCGUCUCCUUCCUGAUUCCAGCAUUUCCAUCACCGAGCUUCAGGACCCGCUCACUCCGCUGCUGACUGUCCCUGUGCCGGAGCGUUUUGUAACAACCAUGUCGAAGAAGGCAGGAAACCGUGGGCCGGAGUACGAGGGGCCGGUGGAGGCGUCAAUCAUCCGGAUCCCGCCUCAUCACUACAUCCAUGUUCUGGACCAGAACACCAACAUUGCCCGGGUGGAGAUCGGACCGCUGACCUACAUCCGCCAGGACAACGAGAGAAUUCUCUUCUCACCUGUGCGGAUGAUCAUGGUCCCGCCCCGUCACUACUGUGUGGUCCUGAACCCCGUCUCCCGCGACGACAACUCUCAAGUCCUCUUUGACCAGUCAGGUCAGGCUAAACUCCGCCACGCUGACCUGGAGAUCCGUCUGACCCAGGAACCGUUCCCUCUGUACCCUGGAGAGGAGAUCCAGAAGGAUGUGACGGCGCUGCAGAUCGUGUAUCCGGACACGGCGCUGCGUCUGCAGGCUCUGCUGGACUUUGAGGAGGAGGGCGGCGACAAAAGAGUGGCUGGAGAUGAGUGGCUGUUUGAAGGACCCGGGACCUACAUCCCCAGGAAAGAGGUGGCCGUGCUGGAGACCAUCAAGGCCACGGUGAUCCGAGAGAACCAGGCCAUCAGACUGAGAGCUCGCAAAGAGGGCGUGGACAGAGGCGGAGUCCGCAGAGUCACAGGUGAGGAGUGGCUCGUCAGUAAAGUCGGAGCGUAUCUACCCGGAGCUCAUGAAGAGGUCAUCGAUAUCGUUAACGCUUUCAUCCUGACUGACAAGAAAGCGCUCCACGUUCGCGCUCUGCGACCUUUCAAGGACACCGGCGGCCGCGACCGGCGCACGGGGGAGGAGUGGCUGGUCACCAUGGCCGACAGGGAGGCUCACAUCCCGUCGGUGUCGGAGGAGGUGGUGGGUGUGGUGGACGUGACCACGCUGAGCAGCAGACAUUACUGCGUGAUCCUGGACCCAGUGGGACCGGACGGGAAACCUCAGCUGGGUCAGAAACGGGUGGUGAAGGGCGAGCGCUCGUUCUUCCUUCAGCCCGGCGAGGAUCUUGAAAAUGGAAUCCAGGACGUGUACGUGCUGUCAGAGGAGGAGGGGCUUGUGCUGAGAGCGGUGGAGGCUUUUAACGACACGCAGGAGCUCGAGGAGGAGGAGUCAGAGGAGGCGGAGCAGGAGCGAGCCAAGCGCUCCCGCAGGAGCGGCGUCCUCCGUCGCCCCGGAGACCGCUGGAUGCUGCGGGGGCCCAUCGAGUACGUCCCCCCCGCCACUGUGGAGGUGAUGCUGAAACGCACCGCCAUCCCACUGGACGAGAACGAGGGAAUCUACGUCAGGGACAUCAAAACUGGAAAGGUGCGCGCGGUGAUCGGUCACACCUACAUGCUGACUCACGACGAGGAGCUGUGGCAGAAGGAGCUUCCAUCUAACGUGGAGGCGUUGCUCGCGUCCCCUAUGGAUCCGCUCGCCAACCGCUCGGACCGCACCGUCAUUUCCACCAGCAGGGGGCAUCGGGACAAGACCCGGGUCGUCUCCUACAGGGUCCCCCACAAUGCUGCCGUCCAGGUGUACGACUACAGGGAGAAGAAAGCCAGGGUGGUGUUUGGGCCCGAGAUGGUGAUGCUGGGACCGGACGAGCAGUUCACCAUGCUGUCGCUGUCCGGAGACAAACCCAAGAGAGCCAACGUCAUCAAGGCCGUGUGUCUGCUGCUGGGCCCGGACUUCUGCACGGACAUCAUCACCAUAGAGACGGCUGACCACGCCCGCCUGCAGCUGCAGCUGUCCUACAACUGGCACUUUGACAUAAAGUCUCCGGUGUCGACCGCUGACGCCGCUGCUCUGUUCUCAGUCCCUGACUUUGUCGGUGACGCAUGUAAAGCCAUCGCCUCGCGGGUCAGAGGAGCCGUCGCCGGCGUGCAGUUUGACGAUUUCCACAAGAACUCAAACCGCAUCAUCUGCUCGGCCGUGUUCGGCUUCGAUGAGAAGCUGGCGGUUCGUCCGUGUCUUCGCUUCAGUCAGAACAACCUGGUGAUCAGCAGCGUGGACAUUCAGUCUGUGGAGCCGGUGGAUCAGAGGACGAGAGACGCCCUGCAGAAGAGCGUCCAGCUCGCCAUUGAGAUCACCACCAACUCCCAGGAGGCCGCAGCACGACACGAGGCGGAGCGUUUGGAGCAGGAGUCGCGGGGGAAGCUGGAGAGACAGCGAAUCACAGACCAGGCUGAGGCUGAGAAAGCGAGGAAGGAGCUGCUGGAGCUGGAGGCGCUCAGUGCUGCAGUGGAGAGCACAGGAGCAGCGAAGGCUGAGGCUCAGUCUCGUGCAGAGGCGGCUCGUAUCCAGGGGGAGGCAGCGGUCAACGAAGCCAAACUGAAGGCGGAGGCUCAGAAGAUCGAGGCAGAGGCGGAGCUUCAGCGGCUGGCGAAGGCUCGUGAGCAGGAGCUGAGCUAUAAGAAGGAGAUGGACCGCAUGGAGGUGGAGAAGCAGGAGCGGCUGGCUCAGAUUGAGAGUAAUCGCUUCAGUCAGCUGGUGGAGAGUCUGGGCAGUGACACACUGAAGGAGAUGGCCAGAGCUGGACCUGAACUCCAGGUGAAGAUGCUCCAGGCUCUGGGUCUGAAGUCCACCCUCAUCACUGACGGAUCUUCACCCAUCAACCUCUUCACCACAGCUAACGGCCUGCUGGGGGCGCUGCCAGGCCAGAACCAGUGAGCACGAGGAGCCACGUGUCCACAAGUAAACAUCUGCAGAUGUAAACACAUCUUCGAAAACUUUGUGACAUUUGUUUACUCAUAUAAUCGUGCACUUUCUGCCUUAACCUGACAAAUACUUAUGUGCUUUAUGUCGAAGCUUCUGUUUGUUUUGACGAAGAUGAAGUAACAAAAAAAAUCUUUGAAGGAAAUAAAGU